GAUUCUAAUGCUUUUAGCCAGUAAUUACGACAUUAUUUCAGCGCAGGGGAGCUUAUAAAGUACGAUACUAUCCUUAACAUUGCUUAAAAAUUGCUUAUUUCAUAGAAAAUCACAAUUUUAUAUCUUACUAAAUACCACUUGCUGCCAAGUGGCGUUCACCGUACUGUUUUCGUAAUUAUUUAUUAAAUAUUCUCCCUUUCCGACUCAAUAAUGAAUAAUAUGACCCAAGAAUCAACCUUAAUUGUCUUUAGAACGUUUUAAAGGUGUUAACAAGUCUGUAAAUCCAAAAAUUGUACUGCUAGACUCAUUUGUAUUAAAAAAUGGCGACCAUUUUGAUCUGUCUUAAAUCACAGAAGAAGACUGUUCGCUUUAAAAGUCUUUUUUAUUGUCUAACAUGAGCGAUGAGGAAGAUACGCUUCUCCGCGAAGAUAAGGAUCAGGAUCAGAUUCGUUCAGAACUCUCUCAGAUGAGUUUUGAGGAUCUUCAGAAGCUGAAAAACAAGCUGGGAACUAAAAUUUACAAGGAAGCAUUGUUUGGUCCCCGCAAGGUUAAGAAAGUUGAAUAUAAAAGGGAAAACAAAAACCGUCCAAGGGAAAUGUCUGCAAAGAAACCUGUUUCCAGAUUCAGGGAAGUGGUACAGACAAAGAAGUUCAUUCCUAGAGACCCUAGAUUCGACAGUUUAUGUGGCGCAUUUGACCAGAAAGUAUUUAAAAAGACUUAUGGAUUCCUUACCGAGAUCAAGAAGAAUGACUUAGCAGCACUGAAAAAGCAAUUAAAGGAGACAGAUGAUCCAAAGACGACUAAGAAAAUCAAAUACCUCAUACAAAGAUUAGAGAAUCAGUUACGCGAAGAGCAGAGGAAGGAUCAGGAGGAGGAGCAGAAGGGCAAGGAAAAGAAGGAAAUAGUGGAGGCCAUUAAACGCGGAGAGAAACCUGCCUUUAAAAAGAAAUCGGAGAAGAAAGUUUUGAACUUGGUAUCUCAGUACGAGGAAUUGAAAAAUUCUGGCAAACUUAAGAAGCAUAUUGAAAGGUUGCGUAAGAAGAAUCUUCGCAAGGAUAGACAGAGAUUGGCAUCUACUUCUGAAUAAAAUAAGGCAUAGGGAAGGCAAUAAAUAUUGAUCGAAUGAACGUUUAAGAAAGUUAAAUGUAACAGAAAUAAUGAUAAUUGUAUAUAAGCAUAAUAAAUACUAUAAAGAAUUAAAUGAAAGUUUAAUGGGUUGCCUACAUAUGUCUAAGCAUGAAGCGUCAGGACGAAACGAUAAAGAGUGCUUUAUUAAUUAUGUAUUUUUUAUUUAACAUCAAAAGUAAUGACACUUGGGUUGGACAAUGUCUCUCGUUUCUUUCUUAAUGUAUUUCACGUGUGAAAACAGAACUUACAGAAUAAUCAAUAUGAAAGGAAUCAUCAAUCAGAAAGAGAUUAGUUUGGUAGAGCGGUGUACAUUUUAUCUGAGCGUGUACGUGUGUCUUUUUCUCUCUAUGUUCGCACGUGAUUUUCUUUUUCUCUUGGCGUGUAAAGAUGUGUACGUGUGUAGAGUGUGUGUGUGUAUAACAUAUGCGACGCUAAAACGAAAAACAGAAAAAGUGUUAGAAAGGGACCCCGAACGCAAAAGACGGUCCUAUCCAAGCGGGACCGACUUCCGGUGGGUUCACCGUUCGCGCAUGAUCUGUUUGUCCGUCUUCAAUUAUUUAAAAUAUUUACAAUAUUAAUAAAACAUCAUUCAUAUUU